CCGGGAGGCGGGGCGCUGCCAGGACCCGGAGCAACGCGGGCCGGCCCCUCAGUGCCGCUGUCCGUCGCGCCCGGUGUUGCUGCCGUAGCCGCCGCCAUGCGCAGCCGGAGCAAUUCGGGCGUGCGGCUGGACGGGUACGCGCGCCUGGUGCAGCAGACCAUCCUCCGGCACCAGGACGCGGUGACGGGCCUGCUCCCCGCCAGCGCCGACCACAGGGAUGCCUGGGUGCGGGAUAACGUCUAUAGCAUCCUGGCCGUCUGGGGGCUGGGCCUGGCCUACCGCAAGAAUGCCGACCGCGACGAGGACAAGGCGAAGGCCUAUGAGCUGGAGCAGAGCGUGGUGAAGCUGAUGCGGGGGCUGCUCCAGUGCAUGAUGAGACAGGUGGACAAGGUGGAGGCAUUCAAGUACAGCCAGAGCACCAAGGACUGCCUGCAUGCCAAAUACAACACCCAUACCUGUGCCACUGUGGUGGGGGACCAUGAGUGGGGUCAUCUACAGAUGGAUGCCACCUCUCUCUACCUGCUCAUGCUGGCGCAGAUGACAGCCUCAGGCCUCCACAUCAUCGACAGCCUGGAUGAAGUCAACUUUAUUCAGAACCUCGUGUUCUACAUUGAAACAGCCUACAAAACUGCGGACUUUGGGAUAUGGGAGCGUGGAGACAAGACAAACCAGGGUAUCACCGAGCUGAAUGCUAGCUCUGUUGGCAUGGCCAAGGCUGCCCUGGAGGCACUGGAUGAGUUGGAUCUCUUUGGAGCAAAGGGAGGCCCACAGUCUGUGAUAAGGGUGCUGUCGGAUGAGGUCCAGCAUUGCCAGUCCAUCCUCCACUCGAUGCUGCCCAGGGCCUCCACAUCCAAGGAAGUUGAUGCCAGCGUGCUCUCUGUCAUCUCCUACCCAGCGUUUGCUGUGGAGGACAGUGAGCUGGUGGAGAUCACUAAGCAAGAGAUCAUCAUGAAACUGCAGGGGCGCUACGGCUGCUGCCGCUUCCUGCGGGAUGGAUACAGGACCCCCAAAGAGGACCCCAACCGCGCCUACUAUGAGCCUGCAGAGCUGAAGCUGUUUGAAAACAUUGAGUGCGAGUGGCCUCUCUUCUGGGCGUACCUGAUCAUCGAUGGGAUUUUCAGUGGAAACAUGGAGCAGGUGCAGGAGUAUCGGGAAGCCCUCGAGGGGGUUCUCAUCAAGGGGAAGAAUGGGGUACGCCUGGUGCCGGAGCUGUACAGCGUUCCACCAGAUAAGGUGGACGAGGAGUACAGGAACCCUCACACUGUGGACAGGAUACCCAUGGGCAAGCUGCCGCUCAUGUGGGGGCAGUCCCUCUACAUCCUGGGCUGCUUGAUGGCUGAGGGGUUUCUAGCUCCUGGUGAAAUAGAUCCCCUCAACCGCCGGUUUGCGACUGUCCCCAAGCCUGAUGUGGUGGUCCAAGUGUGCAUCCUGGCAGAGACAGAGGGGAUCAAGGGUGCCCUGAGGAAGGAGGACAUCGAUGUGGAGACUGUGGCAGAUGUCUACCCCAUCCGAGUGCAGCCUGCUCGCAUCCUUAGCCACAUCUACGCCCGGCUGGGCCGCAACAAGAAGAUGUGCCUGACAGGACGGCCCUAUCGGCACAUGGGAGUCCUUGGGACCUCCAAGCUCUACAACAUCAGGAAGAACAUCUUUACGUUCACCCCACAGUUCAUAGACCAGCAGCAGUUCUACCUGGCUCUUGACAACAGGAUGAUUGUGGAGAUGCUGAGGACAGAUCUUUCGUACCUUUGUAGCCGCUGGAGGAUGACCGGACGGCCGACCAUCACCUUCCUCGUCUCCCACACCAUGCUUGAUGAAUUCGGCAAAAGUGUGCACCCCACAGUGCUGGUGAUGCUGCGGAAGCUGCAGGAUGGGUAUUUCGGUGGUGCAAGGAUCCAGACGGGUAAGUUGUCGGAGUUCCUGACAACGUCGUGCCGAACUCACCUCAGCUUUAUGGACCCUGGGCCAGAGGGUAAGGUCUUUGCCAAAAGUUAUGAGCUCAGCACUGGCAGCUCUGAGGAGCUAGAUGCCGAGGAGUGGCUGCAUGGCUUGCAGAUAGCAGAGGAUGCAGACACGUAUGACGAGGUUGCUCAGUACCUGGAUCACUUGCUGCAGCACACAGCUCCGCAGGUGAACCUGCCUCCCACUGCACAGCGGGGAGGCCUGAGCCGCUUCCGCGCUGCCGUCCACACCACCCGUGACCUCAUGUCCUUGGCAUCCAAGGCCAAGGACCUUCACAUCCAGAAUGUUGGGAUGUUUGUCCCCAGCAAGAUCUUCCAGGCAUCCCAGCAGUCUGUCAAGCUGCUGGGUUCACCCCACCAGCAUGAUAUGGAUGGCAAGAGCCACACACUCUAUGCAGAGAUGAACCUACCCCGCGAUGAGCAUGGCAACGUGGACUGCAAGGCACUGGUGGACCAGCUGCGUGUCUGCCCCACGCUGCAGGAGCAAGCGGACAUCCUCUACAUGCUCCACAUCCUCAAAGGACCUGAAUGGCACACGGGGCUUGACAGUGAGCCUGGCCCCACAGUGAAGGAGCUCCUCACUGAGCUGUACAUGCGGGUGGGGGACACACGCCAGUGGGCCCUGAUCCGCUACAUCUCUGGCAUCCUCAAGAAGAAGGUGGAAGCUCUGGAUGAGGCCUGUACUGACCUCCUGUCUCACCAGAAGCAUUUGACAGUUGGGCUGCCCCCAGAGCCGCGUGAGAAGACGAUUUCCGCCCCGAUCCCCUAUGAGGAGCUUGUUCACCUUAUUGAUGAAGCCAGCGAGAAGAACCUCAGUGUGUCCGUCCUCACCCAGGAGAUCAUGGUCUAUUUGGCCAUGUACAUGCGCACGCAGCCCGCGCUCUUCGCUGAGAUGUUCCGCAUUCGUAUCGGGCUCAUCAUUCAGGUGAUGGCAACGGAGCUGGCGCACUCUCUGCGCUGCUCAGCUGGAGAAGCCACUGAGAAUCUGAUGAAUCUCAGCCCAUCAGACAUGAAGAGCCUCCUCUACCACAUCCUCUCUGGCAAGGAGUUUGGAGUGGAAAGGAGUGGCCUCUCUUCUCCAGUGCGAUCAGUUGACUCGUCGCUCACCACUAUCUCCAUCUGUGAGGUGGGGGCCAUUGGGGCCACCAAACACGAGCGUUCCGGCAUCAUCAGGCUGAAAAGUGAGAUCAAGCAGCAGCUGGAUAAGCAUAGGCAGUCUCUGCCUGGAAGUAAGCCCCUCGGUUUGCAGUCCGGGGACGCUGACCUCAAGUCGUCUCUGUCUCCUGGGCACACAGAGCUGCUGGGCCAGGGCUCCUUUUCAAGCAUGCUGGAAGACCAGGGCAGCAAGGACAGCCGCCAGGGCCAGUGGCAGCGGAGACGACGGCUGGAUGGGGCCCUCAACCGUGUCCCUGUGGGCUUCUACCAGAAGGUCUGGAAGGUCCUGCAGAAGUGCCAUGGCCUUUCUGUGGAGGGCUUUGUUCUUCCGUCUUCAACAACCAGAGAGAUGACCCCUGGGGAAAUAAAGUUUGCUGUGCAUGUGGAGUCGGUCCUCAACCGUGUGCCCCAGCCAGAGUACAGGCAGCUGCUGGUGGAGGCUAUCUUAGUGCUCACUAUGCUGGUGGACAUGGAAGUGCACACCAUUGGUGGCAUCAUAGCUGUGGAAAGGAUCUUGCAUAUGGCCAACGACCUCUUCUAUGAGGAGCAGAAAGCCCUGGGCGCUGACGAGCACAUGCUGGAGAGGGAUCCUGCGACAGGCAUCUGCAGCCUGCUGUACGAUAGUGCGCCAAGUGGGAGGUUCGGCACCAUGACCUACCUGUCCAAGUCGGUGGCCAUGUACGUGUAUGACUUCCUGCCCGCUGAUGGCUGCUCCAUGCAGUAGCUCUCACAACUCCUCACUCUGGGUUGCAGAUGCUGCAGAAAGGUUGUUUCAUAUAGCUUAUAAAAACGGGCAUUAGGUAGCUUGCAGGCAGCCUGCGUGGCCAUCUCUCCUAGUCCUGCCCUCUUGGUGUCUGAGCAGCUCUCCUGAAGAGCUCUGUGGGAAGCUUGCGUGGUCCUAAGCUGUGUGCAGCCUGGGCUGGCAGGGAAAGGCUGAGCUUCGAAGCCUGCUUGUAUUAGAAGUGUCUGCCUACACAGCUCCUUCGGGGCCAUCACCCCCAAAGGUAUGUGUGUUUGAGGGAGGUGGAAAGGGCCCCCUUCACCAGGCGUGUGUGCAGUGCUGCAGCGUGCUCUGCAGAUGCCUCCAGCAGAUUCUAUGUUUUUAAUCUGUUCUGUGCCGCUUUUUAUUCCAAAUCUGCAGGGUUUACACUAGUGUAAGCUGGAACUCUUGCUCUUCCUGCUGCUGGUGGAAAAGCUUAGAGGAGUACAGGGUGCCACCUGAGCCUCUCCCCCAGCACACCCAAAAGCAAAAUGAUCCAACCCAGCCACAGCUCUGCUGCUUGGAAGUAGGCAGCCCAUCUCACUGAAGAUGGGGUCAGGGGUCCUGUAUACAGAGCUGGGGAGGCUGUGGGAGCCAGGAGCAUCCCAAGAUGGUAACAGAUCCCAGUUACCACCGAGCUGCGAGGACAGAGCUUCUGGCUGGGGAUUGUCGGUGGCAGCCCUGCCAUGCCCUCUCUGCUUCUGGCAGUGUCACUCAUGGCCAAGUCACAGGCUCCCGAGCUCAUACACGUCCUGUAAAGAAGCUUUGAGCUGGCUGCUCAGUUUGGUGUUAGCUGUGCCAUCACAAAUGUGCUGUGAAUGCUCAGCUCUGCCCUCUGUCCCCAUCUCCUGCAGCCUUGCACUGGAGAGGGGAGUGUUUCCCAGUUCUGCUCUAUCCUGCAGGUCAAACCCCGCACAGGAUAGUGUGGUCAGACUAAUGGGGAACGGGCACACACACCGCAGAGUGGCAGGGUGAGUGAGGUUAUAAAAUCAUAAAUAGUUUGGGUUGGAAAGAACCUUUCCAGGUCAUCUAGUCCAAACCCCCUGCAAUGAGCAGGGGCAUCUUCAACUAUAUCGGGUUGCUCAGAACCACAAUCAGCCCAGCCUUGAAUGUUUCCAGGGACAGGGCAUCUACCACAUCUCUGGGCAACUUGUGCUAGUGUUCUUCACCACCAUCAUCUUAAAACCUUUUUUCCUUAAACCACACAUAAACCCUCUUUUAAUUUAAAGAAGAGAGGUUGCCAGUGAAGACUGAGGCAAAAACAUUGUUGAGUACCUCAGCAUUCUCCUCACCCUCUGUUACUGGUUUACCAGUCCUACUCAUCAAGAGGGUUUCGCUUUCUGUGACCCUGCUUUUCUGGCUGACAUACCUGUAGAAGACCUUUUAUUAUUCUUUUUGUCCCUUGCGAAGUUCAUCUCCAGCUGUACCAUGGCCUUCCUGACCCCUUUCCUACACGGCCAGGCAGUGUCCCUGUACCCUUCCCAGGAUACCUGUCUCUGCUUCCACUGCCUGUGUGUUUUCUUUUUGCAUUUUAGUUUGACCAGGUCUCAACUCUUGCCUGCCUUUCCUGAUUCCUUGCACAUGGGGAUUGAGAGCUCCUGUGCUCUAUGGAAAGCAUCCUUAAAGACCUGCCAGCUCUGUCUGUUUCCUUAUCCUUGAGGACAGUGUCUCAGGGGGUCACACAGCUCAAUCCCUUGAGCAGCUGGCAGUUGCUUUCCUAAAAUUCAGGGUCCUGGCUUUUACUCUUUGCCUGACCUGUAUCCCUCAGGACUGCAAACUGCCGGUGCAUGAGCAUUGCAAGCCCAGGCUGCUCCAAUCUCAGUGUCACCAACUGACUCACUUGGGUGGGUGACCAUCAGAUCCAGUAUUGCUUCCCCUCAGGUAUAGGGCUGCCUAUUCUGUGGUUUAAGAAGGUACCCUGCAUGCACGUCAGGAGUCUCCUGGAUUGCUGUGCUGGGUUGAUCCUGGCUGGGUGCCCACUGCCAACCAGAGCCGUUCUGUCCCUCCCCUCCUCAGCUGGACAGGGGAGAGAAAACACAAUGAGAGGCUCCUGAGUUAGGAUAAGGACAGGGAGAUCAUUCACCGGUUGUCAUGGGCAAUGCAGACUGACUUGGGGAAAUGAGUUUAGGAUAAGGACAGGGAGAUCAUUCACCAGUUGUCAUGGGCAAUGCAGACUGACUUGGGGAAAUGAGUUUCAUUUAUUACCAAUCAAAUCACAGUAGGAUAAUGAGAAAUAAAGCCUAAAUCUCAAAGCA